UUGGAGUGUGUUCGGUAUUUGUGUGAGAUUAUUCAGAUAGCGGUGUCGUCGGCUGUUGAAAUGAACUUGUAUAGAGAAAAUCUAAUCUAAAUUCAAAUAUUUCACAUGCGAAUGAGUUGUUCUCUGACAUGUCUUCAUCCAGGUCAAAUUGUUUGACUCGGUGAAUACUUCGGAUGCCACUAAAAAGUGAACAAGCAUACACCCAUCGAGAGCUCAAUGAGUAAUGAACACAUUCUGGAGCAUGUCUUCAAACGUUGGUCUUAAGAGAUCAGACAGUGAGGAGCAGGGUGGUCAGGGGGAACAGAGAGCCAGUCCAGCUCGUCCUCCAUUUGGUAAGAAGCAACUUCCCUCCAUCCCAAAGAAUGCAGUCCCCAUCACUAAAGCUGCCUCACCGGCCACUUCUGCACAGUCAGCCAAUGGCACCCAUGCCUCAUAUGGGCCUUUCUACCUGGAGUACUCGUUGCUUGCCGAAUUCACAUUGGUGAUCAAGCAAAAGCUCCCUGGCAUCUAUGUACAGCCCUCAUACAGAUCAGCAUUAAUGUGGUUUGGAGUGAUUUUCAUUCGACAUGGCUUGUACCAAGAUGGUGUGUUUAAGUUUACCGUGUACAUUCCUGAUAACUACCCGGAUGGAGACUGUCCAAGAGUUGUGUUCGACACCCCUGUUUUCCACCCACUAGUGGACCCAGACUCUGGUGAGCUGGACGUGAAGAGAGCUUUCACCAAAUGGAGGCGAAACCACAACCAUAUCUGGCAGGUCCUUAUGUAUGCACGCACAAUCUUCUACAAGAUCAACACCAUGGACCCACUCAACCCAGAGGCUGCAGUGCUGUAUGACAGAGACAUCCAGCUUUUUAAACGCAAGGUGAUAGACAGUGUCAAGCUAUGCAACAGUCACUUGUUUGACCAGCCCAAGAUGGAUGAUCCUUAUGCAAUAAGCUUUUCCCCAUGGAAUCCAGCAGUACAUGAAGAAGCAAAAGAGAAAAUGUUUGCACAUAAAAGACUGCCGGAAGAUUACAACAAAGGCUUGCAGGUGUCUGGACUGUCUUGGGUGAAACCUGGCUCCACCCAGCCUUUCAGCAAAGAAGACAGCCCCCUUCAGACAUGAACCUUCAGUACUUGGGACUGUCCACCAGGAGGGUGCAACGGAGAGACAAGAAUAAAAUUCUCAUGAAGUUCUAUGAACUUCAACGUGCUCAGCUUUAAAUCAUUUUAAACUGCUUCAAUAACAUACAAACUUUCCCAUUGUAGAUCGAAAGACCCAUUUGUUUCGAUGCUUUGGCUUGAACAUGCCAAUGGCACAGAGCUUGUUCUUGUCAAUACUGUUACUUGCACAUGUUAAUGCUUUCAGGCACAACAAACCACCUCACUUGUUUGUGUAGGUCAUGCUCUCCUAAAUGGUGAAUUUAUUUUAUAGCAAAUCAUUUGACAACGUUAAUACAUAUUUUCUUUCCCCACAAAUUUUGUUAAGUUUCAAUUUUAAAUGUGCAUUCUCAAACUGGGACAGGUGAUUUUGGUUUUUGUGUGUAAAUAUUGCCUUUAAUCUGGUGUAAUAAAAAACCUGUGUAUGUACUGUAAUUGUUUUAAUGUAAAAUGCAAAGCAGGGCGUAUAUUAUUCAUUAAGACACUUAAGUUAAUCCUUAUUUGUUCAAACAUGUAUUUCACUUUGAAUGUGUCAUAAUUGCUUCAUCGGAAGAGUUUGAUGUGUAAAUAGUGGAGCAAUUUGAGCAACGAAUGGUCUCUAGUGAUGAAUCCACUCCAGUUUAUUUAUGUAGAAAUGUACAAUGUUAUGAUUUUUUUGUGGUUUUACAAUAUCCAUUUUUCUUUAUUUUGAGCAUUUUAUGCAGGACUAUAAGAAUUCUUUUUAAUCUGUUGCAGACAAAUAAAUGCAUAAACUAAAACUUGA